AAAAAGUAAAAAUAAUAAACAACUUUGUUGCAGGGUGAAAAAAUACAGAGUGAGAAUAAAGUGGUAAAGAUCCUGCAUUAGUAAUACUGAAAAAAGAACCAACACAAACAAAAGACACAUAGCAUCAAAUCUUCUAAUAUAUGAUGGAAUGAUCAACACAACUCAUAAUGAACAUAUUCUGUGUUAAAUUUUAAGUUUCAUGUACAUCAGCAACCAAUAUAAAAAGGGGUCCCUGGAAGACUCUAAGCUCCAACAAUAAUCCAACGAUAAAUCUUUCGAAAACCAGAAGAGCAAGUUCGAAGAAAAUGGGUGCUAACUACUCAUCAACUUGGCAUGAGACUCAUAAUAUGCCAAUCACACCACAAAGCAAGAGGUCUCAAGUCAUUGCUUUUCACUCUUCAACAAAAUGGAAGCUCCAUUUUGAUUCUUUGAAAAAUACAAACAAACUGAUUGUUAUUGACUUCACAGCUACAUGGUGUGGUCCUUGCAAAUACAUGGAACCAGUUCUCAAUGACUUUGCUGCUAAAUAUACAGACGUUGAGUUUGUCAAGAUUGAUGUCGAUGAGCUGGAUGAUGUAGCUCAAGAAUAUGGGGUUCAAGCAAUGCCAACGUUUGUGCUGAUAAAGAAGGGCAAGGUAGUUGACAAGAUUGUUGGAGCAGACAAGGAUGGGCUACAGAAGAAGAUUCAGAAACACAAAGCUAUCUACGUCUAAACAAACCAAAUGCAGUAACGUAAUGAGCAGGGUUUACUCGACGAUAGGUCUCUAUGCAGAAUAAUGUCAUAUCUUUGUCAGUAAGAACUAGUUAUGUACUCACCUAUGGUCUUUCUCACUUCUGAUAGUAAAAUCCAAACAGGCUGAUUUAAGCACUAAUAUUGGUAUAUUUGAUAUGAAUAAGUAAAAGGUCUUUCAGGUUUCUGGGUUCA